UGAUCAGCUACCAUCACCAACCAGUCUUUUAAACAAAAGUUCAAGAAGGUUUCACAGCAACUUUACUGUAGUCUACUUCCCCGACCGCUGACAUGUCUGCAAUGAAUAGCUGGUGGAUUCCAUGCAUUGUUUUACUUCAUUCCGCUUAUUUGGGAUCUUGUGAUUCAGACUCUGGAAUAGCAGAUGGAGCCCAGCCUGAGCUCUUCAUUUUCCACCAGUCGUGCGCCCUGAAGAAGGACGAAGGGCCCUGCAAGGCAUUAAAGGAGCGUUUCUACUUCGACAUUGACACGGGCCGCUGUGAGGCCUUCGAGUUCGGCGGUUGCAGAGGCAACGCCAACAAUUUUGAGACCUUGGAGGCGUGUGAGGAAAUGUGCCUGGUGUCUGUUGACAAGAGUCCCUGUCACCUGGAGGAGGCUCCGGGGCCAUGUCGAGGUCUGGUAACUCGCUACUUAUUUGACAACCAGAGCCAGGAGUGCAAGCACUUCUACUAUGGAGGCUGCUUCGGCAAUGCCAACAACUUCAAGAGUAUGAAAGAGUGCCAGGCUAGAUGCCAGAACCCAGAAAACCCCACUGUGGCCCUUAAAUUGGAUGUGGCCCCUAAAUUGGAGGUCACCGUCCCAGAACCCCAUAGCCAGCCUAGUGUGCAGUCUCUCAAAGUAACUGACUUCAAUCCUCCGGACUUGUGUCUCAGUCCCAUUGACAAGGGCACAACAUGUGAUGGAGAGGAGAGAACUGAGAGGAGAUACGUGUACAACCCCAAGACAAAGAGAUGUCAGUCGUUGCGCUACAAUGGCUGCGGGGGCAACAAGAACAACUUUGUCCACAAGAGACACUGCAUGAAGAUGUGUAUGAAGCCAGAUCACCAUCACAAAGGGAAGGUCAUUCGUAUAAAGAAGAAGAACAGCAACAUCUUGUUUCGAUCUGUCUAAAUCAAGGCUUCAUAUUAAACCCUUCCUACUUCCUAUUAAACCCUUCCUACUUCCUAUUAAACACUUCCUACUUCCUAUUAAUAUGAAACCCUUCCUACUUCCUAUUAAACCCUUCCUACUUCCUAUUAAACCCUUCCUACUUCCUAUUAAACCCUUCCUACUUCCUAUUAAACACUUCCUACUUCUCAUUAAACCCUUCCUACUUCCUAUUAAACCCUUCCUACUUCCUAUUAAUAUGAAACCAUUCCUAUUAAUAUGAAACCCUUCCUACUAAUAUUAAACCCUUCCUAUUAAUAUGAAACCAUUCCUAUUAAUAUGAAACCAUUCCUACUAAUAUUAAACCCUUCCUAUUAAUAUGAAACCCUUCCUAUUAAUGUUAAACCCUUCCUACUUCCUAUUAAUAUUAAACCUUUCCUAUUAAUAUUAAACCCUUCCUAUUAAUAUUAAACCCUUCCUAUUAAUAUUAAACCCUUCCUAUUAAUAUGAAACCCUUCCUAUUAAUAUGAAACCCUUCCUAUUAAUGUUAAACCCUUCCUACUUCCUAUUAAUAUUAAACCCUUCCUACUUCCUAUUAAACCCUUCCUACUUCCUAUUAAUAUUAAACCCUUCCUACUUCCUAUUAAACCCUUCCUACUUCCUAUUAAUAUUAAACCCUUCCUAUUAAUAUUAAACCCUUCCUAUUAAUAUUAAACCCUUCCUACUUCUUAUUAAACCCUUCCUACUUCCUAUUAAACACUUCCUACUUCCUAUUAAUAUUAAACCCUUCCUAUUAAUAUUAAACCCUUCCUACUUCUUAUUAAACCCUUCCUACUUCCUAUUAAACACUUCCUACUUCCUAUUAAACCCUUCCUACUUCCUAUUAAUAUUAAACCCUUCCUACUUCUCAUUAAACCCUUCCUACUUCCUAUUAAACCCUUCGUACUUUGUAUUAAUAUUAAACCCUUCCUACUUCCUAUUAAACACUUCAUACUUCCUAUUAAACCCUUCCUACUUCCUAUUAAUAUUAAACCCUUCCUACUUCCUAUUAAACCCUUCGUACUUCCUAUUACUAUUAAACCCUUCCUACUUCCUAUUAAACCCUUCCUACUUCCUAUUAAACCCUUCCUACUUCCUAUUAAACCCUUCGUACUUCCUAUUACUAUUAAACCCUUCCUACUUCCUAUUAAUAUUAAACCCUUCCUACUUCCUAUUAAACCCUUCCUACUUCCUAUUAAACCCUUCGUACUUCCUAUUACUAUUAAACCCUUCCUACUUCCUAUUAAACCCUUCCUACUUCCUAUUAAUAUUAAACCCUUCCUACUUCCUAUUAAUAUUAAACCCUUCCUACUUCCUAUUAAACCCUUCCUACUUCCUAUUACUAUUAAACCCUUCCUACUUCCUAUUAAACACUUCAUACUUCAUAUUAAACCCUUCGUACUUCCUAUUAAUAUUAAACCCUUCCUACUUCUCAUUAAACGCUUCCUACUUCCUAUUAAACCCUUCGUACUUUGUAUUAAUAUUAAACCCUUCCUACUUCCUAUUAAACACUUCAUACUUCCUAUUAAACCCUUCCUACUUCCUAUUAAUAUUAAACCCUUCCUACUUCCUAUUAAACCCUUCCUACUUCCUAUUAAACCAUUCGUACUUCCUAUUACUAUUAAACCCUUCGUACUUCAUAUUACUAUUAAACCCUUCCUACUUCCUAUUAAACCCUUCCUACUUCCUAUUAAACCCUUCCUACUUCCUAUUAAACCCUUCCUACUUCAUAUUAAACCCUUCAUACUUCCUAUUAAUAUUAAACCCUUCCUACUUCCUAUUAAACCCUUCCUACUUCCUAUUAAACCCUUCGUACUUCCUAUUACUAUUAAACCCUUCCUACUUCCUAUUAAACCCUUCCUACUUCCUAUUAAUAUUAAACCCUUCCUACUUCCUACUUCUUAUUAAACCCUUCCUACAUACACUACUUUUGAAUGAGUCUUUAUUUAUAUCAUUCUUAUUUGACUUUGGUGUGUCCUUGUAGUCUUGCAGCAAUUGUAGCAAAGGCUUGUUUUGGCGUAUUGUGUAAUGUUGUAUUGCUCAUUGUAACCUAUUAACACUUUGUAAGAAGAUGUUUUUAGUAAUAUCACAAUUGUAUACAUGUUUUUUACUGUCACAUACCAAAUACCAGUAUAUAAUUGUAUUUGUUUUUCUUCCUGAGGACACCAGACAAGUUAUUUUAUUGACAAAUGAUGAACAUUCAUUAUCCCAAAAGCACUGUACGUGUAAUAUCAUACAAUAAAGCACAUUAUCUGUAUCAAA